UUUCUAACCUGAAGUUUAGAGUCUGGGUGAAAAUGCAGGACAUCAUCCAGUACACUUCUGUUACUCUGGACCCCAACACUGCACACGCUCAGCUCCGUGUGUCCGAAGAUCUCACUGUUGUGGAACACAGAAAACAGGAAGUGCUGCUUCCUGAUAAUCCAGAGAGAUUUGACAGCGUUACAUGUGUCCUGGGCUGUGAGGGCUUUAAUGGAGGCUCGCACUUCUGGGACGUCGAGGUUGGGGACAGUGCAGUCUGGGAGCUGGGAGUCAUCAGAGAGUCUGCUCUGAGAAAGAGGAACUCCUUCUGUAAUGCAGUGUGCAGCAUGAGCUACAGUAAAGGAAGUUACCACACGCUCUGCCCAGGACAGGCAGGUGACAUCUUCAGAGCUAAAGACAAACCACAGAAGAUCAGAGUGCAUCUGGACUGGACGAAGGGGAAAGUGACAUUUACUGAUCUUCUGACCAAUUCACACUUACACACUAUAACACACACUUUUACUGAGACACUCUUUCCAUUUUUCUAUAACGGCUCUCAAUCUCGACCUCUGAAGAUCUUACCAAUAAAACAGACAGUGACAUUAAACACUUACCUUUAACACCACAGAACAAAAACAUCAUCACCAUCUCUGAAAACCUGAACAACAAAAAUCCACCUUUAGCUCAUCUAUAAAAGCAUUAAAGUGUGUUGUUCUGUAUCAUGACACUCAUUCAGUAUCGAGUUUGAGCAAAUAUACCACAACACUGUUCAGCUCUUAAUUCUGAUUGGUCAGGACUUGAUUAAAGUGUUGAUUCAUUUUCCAGAACAUCAGUUCUGACAGUAGUGCAGCUGCGAAUCUCAAAUUUAUAUAACUGCAUUGUUCAGAUACGUGAUUGUUUCUAUGGUAACAACACAAAGAGGGACAGCAGAUGCUCCAAAAAAAAUGGACUUUUAAAGAAAGUUGGUAAUCAUUAAUAAAGGGUGAAUUUUUCUCUAAGAAAAUGUUUGUUUGACAUUUUAUGGCCACACUCACAUCUGAUUUAAUUAGACAAUAUU